GUAUACCUUACAAGCCCUAAAACAUUUAUCCAAGAAACAGAAAAAGAAAGUGGAAAAUCCUAGAUCUUGCAACUGCGGCGGCGGGGGCGGCGUCGAGGAAAGAAGAGGAGGGAGCGCGCUGCUUUUGGAGAUGGAGGUGGCAGGAGAAGCCAAAGAGAGGGCCGGCGGAGAAUCCGCGGAGCGCCGCCGCAAGGAGGCCAAAUCCUCUUCUGGGAUCUACGACGAUUCAGCCACGUCGGAGCAGAUCGCGGGGAACGAAGACGACAACUCAAUGGAUCAUUACGGGGAGCUGUUCCUGCCCGAGUACUUGACGGACGAGGAGAUUAUUCAAGAGUACCGUAUAGGCUGGGAAUGCCGGUGCUAUGGCAUGUUCGGCGGCUUCAAAGAUGAGACGACGAUCAAGAGCAUGCUGACCACAUACAAAACCAUCCCACAUGCUUUGGUCUCCCACACCUUGCAAGUCUACUCCAUCAAAGUCGAGAAGCCGAAACUCGGGUGGCCACUUCGUGUCUAUGGCAUGGUUGCUGCCCGAGACCAUGUGGAUUAUAAUCGCAACUUUCUCUUCAAUCGCACAAGCGAUAACUGCCAAAUCAUUACUGCAGAUGAGCCCUACUUGACGCUGACUGGCCCCUCUGGCGCAAUUCUGUCCCUUGAACCUGUUGACUUUGAAGUUGAUCUUAAGUUUAAGAGAGGGUCUGGAGAUGGAAAAGCAUUGAUCAACCAAGUCCUCCGAUACCAACGGAGCCCCGGUCCUUUCGGUACAAUCUUGGACAACAACCUUUGCACCAUAAGAUUGCAUUGUAAGCAGCUUGGGGAAGCAGCCGAGGCCACCAUCCUGAGUGUGCAAAUUAUGGGUCAUGGCCUGGUCGAUCUGCAGGGAAAGUUUUUUGCCACGGUGUGGCCUUCCCCCUUGAAGAAUUUGUGUUGCUUGCUUUUCCAGACGGAGAUAAUCCGCCGAUGGAUCAAGAUGGUAACAUUCGUCUGUCAAGGCGUGUUGUUUCUGUAGAUGUGAACCAAAACUUCCAAGUUUCUGUACAGGCCUACUCUGCAUGUGGUAGCUUGAAAGUACCCAUUGCAAUAGGUGAUGCUGUGUUCGAAUCCAAAAAGGACAGCGGCGUAACAGAGAAAGAAUGUGACAUUGGUGCUAGCUGCAGGGUCAAGAUUAAAGUGGCUUGGUCUCUCCUUAUUUGGUCGAAGCGUCUACUCCAGGGUUAACAUUAAAGUGGCUUGGGCUACUCCAUUCAGAAAUAUCCUUCCUUCCUUGCUCUAAUGAAACCAAAUGUGUCAUAUGUUCUUGCUGGCUGGAAGAAGAAUAUGCAGUCUUUCCUAUGGUCUAUUAACUAGUUCAGCUAUCUGUAGUGUCAUGAGCUGGUUGUUAUGGGAGAUGAUCUUGGACCCGGAAGUCGUGUCUUGUGAAACUAAUUUAAAUUGUGUCAUGUGAGAUGUUACGGCUACUUCUGUAUGGAUGUCAUGUGUGCAAAAUAUCAGUUAUUUAUGUA